AUGCACCGGCAGGGCACUGUGUUGAUCGCCGUGAACCCGCUGCGGAGGCUAGAGGACCCCCCCAUGGAGAGCUUCAUGAACAGGCCGCUCAACCCGGAGACUCCUCACCCUUACGCCAUCGCCGAGCUGUCCUACCACCAGAUGCGGUUGGGAGCGGGACGGAAGGCGGCCAACCAGUCGAUCAUCGUGUCGGGAGAGAGCGGGGCGGGGAAAACGGAGUCGUCCAAGAUUAUUCUAAAGCGAGACAAUUCAGCAGCAGUCAAAAAAGGGUUUUUGACACAUCGAUCCGUCGGAGGCGUUACGAGCCUGGAACAGAAGGUAGUGGACUCCUCUCCUAUCUUGGAGUCUUUCGGAAACGCCAAGACGAUGCGAAACAACAACUCUUCGCGUUUCGGGAAGUUCCUGAAGAUGCAGUUCACCAGGGAUAAGUACCGCCUCGCGGGAGCGUUCAUCGAGACCUACCUCCUGGAGAAGAGCCGCGUGCUUACCCAGUGCAAGGGGGAGCGUAACUUCCACAUCCUGUACGAGCUUGUGAAGGGGGCGGCGAAGUCCGGCCUGGCGAAGGACCUUCAGCUCCAAGGCGUGGAAGCGUACCGAGUGCUUUCGGCCAGCGGGUGCACGGAGUUGGAGGGAGUCGACGACGCGGCGCACUUCGAGGAGGUUCGGACAGCAUGUCGGACGAUAGGGCUGGAUGAGGACACGCAGAUGCAGGUGCGGCGGCGGCGAGGGCGGUGGUUGGUGUACGUUUGCGAUGAACAGAUGGUGUGGAAAGCGCUUGCGGCCGUGCUCCACAUGUCCAAUGUCACCUUUGAAGGGAAGGAUGACGCUCAGGGGGAGGUGGCCGCGGUCAAAGAUCCAGCGGCGUUGAAGAAGCUGUCGGCAUUGCUCGGCGUGGAGCCUUCGCUGCUAGAGGCCAUGCUGACCCAGAGGGAGGUGAAGACGAUGGCGGAGACCUUCACCAAGAAGCUGGAGGUGCAGGACGCGAGCCUCACCCGCGACGCGAUCGUCAAGUCUCUCUACGAGGCGUUAUUCCUGUGGAUCGUGCGGGUGAUCAACACGUCGCUGGGGAAGGGGGAGGAGAGCUUGCCGUUCAUCGGGGUGCUGGAUAUCUUUGGUUUUGAGAACUUCGACACGAAGAACGAGUUCGAGCAGCUGCUCAUCAACUUCACCAACGAGAGCCUGCAGGACACCUUCAACAAGCAGGUGUUCAGCAACGAGCUCCGCCUGUACGAGGAGGAGGGGAUCGAUGUGGUCGUCUCCAGCUGCCCCGACAACGAGGAAUGCCUCAAGCUGCUCUCUAGCAAACCCAAGGGCAUCAUCCCCAGUCUGGACAGCGUGUGCUCGGAGCCUAAGCCUACCGACGCGAGGUACCUGGACGGGCUUCACAAGACGUACGUGAGGCACCAGCACUUCCCGAGGACCAAGCCAAAGGACAUGCGCGAGUGCUUUUCGGUGAAGCAUUAUGCCGGCACGGUGAAGUACACGGUGGAAGGGUGGGUGGAGAGGAACAUGGACAGCAUCCCCGUCGCGUUCGCGGCAUCUCUGGGCACCAGUAACCAUAAGGCAAGCCCGCGGGAGUCCGAGAGGAAGAUUCAAAGACAGCAAGAAAGGCGAAACAGACCGCAUGUGUGUUGGGGGUGGCGGGGUGGGGGGGGGGGGUACUCAUAGUCGUGCAUGCCGUAGUCGUUA